AUCAAAGUGGUGGCAUUUGCACUGUAUUAUCCAUGGCGAGUUCGUCCCCGAGCACUGUGCUUGUUACUGGAGCUGGUGGUCGCACAGGACAAAUAGUGUAUAAAAAAUUAAAAGAAAAACCAAAUCAAUAUGUUGCCAGAGGUCUGGUUAGAACAGAAGAAAGCAAACAGAAAAUUGGCGGUGCAGAUGAUGUUUUUGUUGGAGAUAUCAGAGAUGCUGGAAGUAUUACUCCCGCAAUUCAAGGAAUAGAUGCUCUCAUAAUUCUCACAAGUGCAGUUCCGCAAAUGAAGCCUGGUUUUGAUCCAACCAAAGGUGUAAGGCCUGAGUUCUAUUUUGAUGAUGGGGCAUAUCCUGAACAGGUUGACUGGAUUGGACAGAAAAAUCAAAUAGAUGCUGCUAAGGCUGCAGGAGUGAAGCAUGUUGUGUUGGUUGGGUCUAUGGGUGGAACAAACCUUAACCAUCCUCUGAACAGCUUGGGUAAUGGGAAUAUAUUGGUUUGGAAAAGAAAGGCUGAGCAAUAUCUGGCUGAUUCUGGUAUUCCAUACACAAUCAUAAGGCCUGGUGGCUUGCUGGAUAAAGAUGGAGGUCUUCGGGAGCUCAUUAUAGGGAAGGAUGAUGAGCUUCUCCAAACUGAGACCAAAACCAUACCUAGAGCUGAUGUUGCCGAAGUUUGCAUUCAGGCACUGAAUUUUGAGGAGGCUCAAUUCAAGGCUUUUGACAUGGCAUCAAAACCUGAGGGAGCAGGUGAACCAACAAAGGACUUCAAGGCUUUGUUUUCCCGGCUCACUUCUCGAUUUUGAUUUUGAUUUUGAAUGCUGUUAUCAUGGUCUAUAUCCUUAUUAUUAUCUAAGUAUGGGGUUGAACCCUUAAAUCAUUAGUGCUAUGCUGUCUUAAUCAAAUCUACUUUGUCUUGGCAAUUAAGUUAAAGAUUGUCUAAAUCAAAUUAAAGACUUUUCAUAGUACCAUUCAAAAUAAUAAAUUAGAUUGCUUCAA